UUGGGUACGCCAUAGGGACGGUUCUCAGCUUGGAGCGUGAAAAUUGUAGAAUGAUCGGAACCUUCACUGCUGCAACUGCAGAUAAUCGGUCGGAGUUUGUUAUACGCUAGGGUUUCUCUGAGUUCUCCCUUAUCUCAUGGAGGAUUUCGCCUUCCACGAUGGUAACGUCUGCGGUUUGCUCGAGAGCAGGCACAUCAACUUUCGUCAAAACCCCAACUAUAGUUUGCAGAUGCACUCAUCACUCAUCCAAAGACUCUCCCAGGAAAAGGAACUGGAGGGGCACCAGGGGUGUGUUAAUGCUGUCGCCUGGAAUUCUAGUGGUUCUCUUCUAAUAUCUGGAUCAGAUGAUACUCGGAUAAACAUCUGGAACUAUUCUGGUCAAAAGCUAUUGCACUCUGUAGAGACUGGGCAUUCUGCAAACAUAUUUUGUACAAAAUUUGUUCCUGAAACUUCUGAUGAGCUUGUGGUCUCGGGAGCUGGGGAUGCAGAGGUGCGAUUAUUUAAUUUAUCUCGCUUAAGAGGUAGAGGACAUGACGAUAAUGCCAUAGCGUCAUCAGCUCUGUAUCAGUGUCACACCAGAAGAGUAAAAAAAUUAGCUGUUGAAAUAGGGAAUCCAAAUGUAGUAUGGAGUGCUAGUGAGGAUGGUACUCUUAGACAGCAUGAUUUUCGAGAGGGCAUGUCUUGUCCUCCUGAUGGAGCCUCUCACCAAGAAUGUCAUAAUGUUCUUCUUGAUUUGCGGUGUGGAGCAAAGAGGUCUCUGGCUGAUCCUCCCAGACAAACCCUAGCUUUAAAAUCUUGUGACAUUAGUACCACUAGGCCUCAUUUACUUCUAGUUGGUGGAAGUGAUGCAUUUGCACGGUUAUAUGAUAGAAGGAUGCUGCCACCCUUGUCUUCCAGCCAGAAAAGGAUGACACCACCUCCUUGUGUUAACUACUUCUGUCCAAUGCAUCUCUCGGAUCGGGUUCGCUCGGGUUUGCAUCUGACUCAUGUUACUUUUAGUCCGAAUGGAGAAGAGAUCUUGCUUAGCUACAGUGGAGAACAUGUAUAUUUGAUGAACGUAAAUCAUGCUGGGCAAAGUACGAUGCAAUAUACAUCAGGAGAUGUAUCUAAGUUAAUGAGCUUCACUCCCAUACUCAAUGGAUUGGAAUUGCAGUAUCCUAUUUCCAAUUUAUCCAAUAGUCUGCCUGUAAGUUGUGGUCUUAAUGCAAAGCUUGAUAAAUGCAGAAAAUUAUUGCAAAUUGCUGAAAAAUGCACGGAGGUUGGGAACUACUUUGGUGGAAUUGAGGCAUGCAAUGAAAUUUUGGAUGGAUAUGGUCGUAAUAUUGGAGUUAUUUUCAAGCAUGAUUCAUUAUGCACACGUGCUGGUUUAUUACUCAAGCGGAAGUGGAAAAAUGAUGUUCAUAUGGCAAUAAGAGAUUGUUACAGUGCUAGGAAAAUUGAUCAGUCCUCUUUCAGAGCACAUUACUACAUGUCUGAAGCUUUAUCACAGCUGGGUAGACAUAAGGAAGCCCUAGAUUUUGCGUUUGCUGCUCAGUAUUUAGCCCCAUCUAAUCCUGAAGUGGCGGAGAAGGUGGAAAGUGUAAAGAGGGACCUUGCUGCAGCUGAAUCAGAAAAAUCAAAUAAAAGCAAUGAUGGAGCUCUAAGAUCAGCACCGUUAGGUGGAGUAUUAUCAUUAAGUGACUUUCUUUACCGCUCAGAUGCAAAUAGUGAUGUCUCACAAGAUGGGCUGAGAUCGGAAAGAGAAGAUUCUGACUAUGACGAAGAGGUGGAGCUGGACUUUGAAACUUUAUCAGGUGAUGAAGCCCAUGAUGUUGAUUCCAAUGUUCUACAAGGAAGUUUAAAUCUUAGAAUACAUAGACGAAUUGAUCCUGCGAGAGAAAGGGUUGGCGCAAAUGGCACCUGUGGGUCUCCUUCAUCAUCACAAAAUGAUGGAAUACUUUAUCAGCCUGAACCCGUCAUUGAUAUGAAGCAAAGAUAUGUUGGUCAUUGUAAUAUCGGAACUGAUAUUAAACAAGCUAGUUUUCUCGGGCAAAGAGGUGAAUAUGUUGCCAGUGGAAGUGAUGAUGGGAGAUGGUUUAUUUGGGAAAAAGGAACCGGUAGACUGAUUAAAAUUCUCGUUGGAGAUGGAGCUGUUGUGAACUGCGUGCAAAGUCAUCCAUUUGACUGUGCCAUUGCUACUAGUGGGAUCGACAAUACCAUAAAGCUAUGGACUCCAACUGCUCCCAUCCCUUCAGUUGUUGCUGGUGGAGCGGUCGGACCGCAGGCUGCCGAUGUGUUGGCUGCAAUAGAGAACAAUCAGCGCAGACUGUGCCGUAAUAGAGAAGCCAUACUGCCUUUUGAAAUUUUAGAACGGUUUAGGAUGCAUGAUUUCUCAGAAGGGAGCCUUCAUCCAUUUGAAUGUGCUCAGAGUUGAAGUUCUAGUAUUAUUAGUUUAUAUGGGAUUCACGCAGAAAUUGGACUAGUAUAAUUGGUUUAGUAGCGGUUACCGCACUGAACAUAUCGUUCAACAAACUCCUAUGGGAUCGAGUCAGGUCAUGAGAAACCUUGUUCAAGUUCUCAUUAUAGAACAUUUACCAACCAAGCUACUAUUUUCAAGGGUGUUGGAUUUUAUUUAAUUUUUCUCCUCUUUUUUGCGUUUGUAAAUUAUUGUAAAUGUUUAUUUUCUGCAGUUUUCUACUUUUAUAACUUGCCGUUCCUUCCAUUACAAUUUCGUCGCUUUCGUUUUUUCUUUUUUCUAUAUAUGUGGUAAUGUUUAACGUUAUGAUGUACAGAAUAAGAUGAAGGCCGGCUUAAUCGAGUUUUGAGUACAUGUAUAUGGCAUGUGCCUUCGUUCCAUUUU